GUUUCGUCUCCGUCCCGACAGUCUCCGCCUAUGAUGGACGACUAAAGCAAGGGCGAUGGCCCACAUUAUCAGGAACUAAUAUCUUUGAUUCUAUAACGCUUUACCGCUUCACACAAUCUAUGUCGUUUGUUUCAUAACACUACUAGCUUCGACAUUCGUUGAAAUUUUAUUGCCACCAAGUGCGACAUUAUUACUGAAAUAGAAGGAGAAAGCAUCGACUUCCAAAGAAGAAACAAAUAUUAUGGCAUGAACACUUUUUCAUUGGAAGCAUUUUUAACCCUGGAGAUCAAUAUGGGGGGUUCUAAUCUGUUGGUUCCUUCCUGACAAUAAGCAUACUCUACUUUUUUAUUAAUUCAUUUUUUUUUCUCUUAUGUAUAUUUUAUAAGACAAACAUUUUGGUCUUGAUGGAACACAUAGUGAGGCCACCCGAUAUGGAAACCACAACACAUGGAUGUUCCUCUUAACCUCACAUUGUUUCUUAAACAAUGGCCAAGGCUGUUCCCUUUCAUACAAGUUCAGAGUUUAAUUUUGUUGAUGACUUAUCUCUGCCAACAAGCCGAAGUUGUGGAAUUCCAAGCGUUGGCAAACUGACUCUUCAUGAAAGAUCCAACAGUGAUUCUAACCUUGCUCUUUGGAGUCCUGAGACUCGAUCAAGUCUUACAUUGGAUAAAGAGGAAUUUACCUUGGGUUCUGACAGUCAAGUUAUAGUGGAAUGGGACAUCAAGGAGGAUGUCACAGCAAAUGAUUGGAUUGCAUUAUUUCCUGCAGAUGAAAGCAAUUCCUCUCGGUUCUGGGACAUCAAGAUCCGUGGUAUCACUGGUGGACAAACCGGAGAAAUAAUGUGGGAUCUAGAUGCCAUCAGUCAUUAUUUUACAGAUGCUAUUACUAGGAUCUGCUUUAAAUACUUUCAAGGCAGUUCAGGAGACGAAAUUGCAUCAACUUCUUCUGCCAUUGUACGAAACCCAAGGGCUUCUGUGCAGAAUGACAAAAAUGGCACUCUAACAAGUGAAAACCAAGAACGACUUAAAAUUGUUGUUUCAGAUGUAGAAGCUGCUAAUCUGAAGAAAGGGAUAUUUUUUAAUCCGGAUCCCUACAUUAAAAUGGUAGUUCAUCCUGGACGCUCAUCGGCUCAACUUCCCCACCAUAGUAAACCAGUUCGAACUACCAUUGAAUCCAAUACAACCAAUCCAAGAUGGGAAGGACAGGUUUUUACCCUUGAUGCUAUAGCUACUGAUACAAUUGAAUUUGAAGUGAAAGACAAGUUUGCAAAGAGUCGUCCUACUAUAAUUCGCUUUUUAGGACGUGCAGAGGUUUCAGUACAAAGAAUUAUUGAUAAAGUUAAUGCUGCUUGUGGUCCAGUCAACUUUAAUUUGGAUUUAGUACGGAGACAUCCUCGAGAAAACGUGAGUGGAACACUCAUGCUUACAACUGGAGUUCAAGUUGAUAUUCAAGCUGACAUUCUGAAUGAUCAAAGAAAAAUACUGUCCUGUCCAAGGAAAAAAUCUCAAGCCCGAAAGACUUCUCUACCUGAUGGACUUCUGAGCAGCCCAAAGGCUAUGAAUCGUCAUCACCACCGGCAUACAGAACCUGUGAUAACUCUUGAAGGAUUAUUAUCUCCAGAAAACCCUACUGUGAGUGAAUCUUCUAGUGUAGAGCAUCCAGCCAUUAGCAAUGGUAUCAUACCAAAUAUGCAAGUACCAAAUAGAAUAGGAAUAGCAAAGGAAAAAUUAUUGGUUGUUGGAGACUCUCCAAAUAUGGCCACUGUUCCUAGCAUUGUUUGUGCUUCUGAAGAGGAAGAAGAGGAAGACUUACCUGAGAUAAAUCAAUCUCAAGAAAGUAAAGAAAGUAAUUUAACUGAGAGUGACAGUAGCUUUAUAGACACCAAAACAGUGGAAAACACAGAAGAAGCAGAUAAACCAAAUGCUGAGGCAGUAGCCAUAGAAAACCCUGUCUCAACAGAAGCCGAACCAGUUGUGACAGCAAGUGAGAGUUGCGAAACAAUAUCUACAAGUGAAACAGUUCCUUUGCUCACCACUGAACCAGUUGUUGAAAAUACAGACCCUGUUGAAGAGAUAAGCAGUGAGGAAAGACCAUCGAAUUGUGAGACAAAUGUAGAAGCUGUUGAGGAUGAAGAAGAUGAAGAUGAGCAAACUUUAGUUCCAACGAGUCUAAGUGAAGAUUAUGAUGGAGAUACAGAAAUGAAUGAAUCAUUAGGUUUGCAGGCUGAGGAUGAAUGUGAAGAGACAGAACAGGCUACAACAGAACUAUCUGCAAAUACUCCUGUAUCAGAGCCUGUAGAGAAUGUAUAUAUUGAAAGUAGUUCUGCUGGAUUGGAACUUAUGCUUCAUGGCCCUGGAGAACCACCACUCUUACCUCCAAGAACAUACCCAUCAAAAUCCAAAGCUCCCCCCCUUCCUCCUCGUCAACGUCCAAAAGAGGCACCCCCACUUCCUCCAAGAUUGCCCGACAAGUCGACACCUUCUUCCCCUGUCAGUCCCAUAGUAAGUCCCACUAUAUGUGGCUCCCAGGCCCCUACUGCAAAUACCAAUGAAUGUACAUUAUCACCAAAAACCCCAGAAACCAGCCCUGCUGCCCAUUCAUUGCAGCCACCACCCCCCAUUCCGCCCAGAACUUACAGCCCUGUACAUAUGGCUGAAGAAAAUGAGCAAUAUAUUGUGGACAGCCUUGUUGGCUCCUUAGAAAACUUGAGUGUUGACCAGGCAGCUGGAGCUGUUGGUGGUCAGCAUGACCAUCUGUUCACACCAAGAUGCACUUCACAUGUAUCAACAAAAUCUAAAGGCCACCACAGUGAAGAAGGGAAAUUCCAUGGAUCUCCAUCUGUUAGUUUAAACAAUGAUGGUAGAAAACUAUCUUCGUCUGUCCCAGGACCUGCUACGAUGGAUUCUGUUGCUAUAGCUGAAAAACCUACAAAACCUCAUUCACAUGUUAAACGACAUAAGAGUCACACUUCUAAAAACCCUCCACAUGAUAAACAUGGCAUGACUCAUUCUAUGUCAGAUUCUAUGCACACCAAUGGUCGCCAGCACCGCAUAAAUUCUCCACCAAGAUUUUCUGAUGUAUUUGCUAAGAAUGGCACUUCUGACAAUGUGAGUCCACGGUCUGCAACGCCAAUCCAGAAUGGGGCUUCACCAUCACCACCGCUUAAUAGAAUGCGCACUCUAAGUGAAGAGGAACGUAAGCAGAAUAGACAGCAGAUAGCUCAUCACCUACAGCUCUGGCACCAGAAAAGAGUUGGUGGUAACAGUCAGAGGUCUGAUUCUAGUUCUACUUCAUCAGACUCAAAUUCUUCAACUAAUAUCCCUGCUGUUGAUGGUUGUGACCGGCUGGAUGGUUCUAAUCUAACACAUGCUAGCUCAGCUCCACCUCCACCCCCACCUCCUCCCAACCAGUCCUCCCAUCAGCCGAAAAAUGGGGUUCGCCGUGACACAUCACUACGAUGGUCCAGUCACAACACUUCAACAACUUCUGUACCACGUCCAUCCACAGCAAGCCACUCUGCAGCUGCUCCUGACUCUGUGGUUUGGCACCGGCGAUCUCACAGUAGUCAUUCUUCUUCCCAUCAUCACGCUAAUAGUGAUAAUGCUGCAUCAUUGCCUCGUUUACCUUCACGAAGGCCCAGAUACCAUCGUGUUGAACCACAACCUGGUGAAGAGCCACUCCCAGCUGAUUGGGAAGCUGGUGUUGACACUCAUGGACGAGUUUUCUAUAUUGACCAUGUGAACCGAACAACAACUUGGCAGAAACCACAAGUAGGACAAAGUACUGGUCAUCGAAGGCCCACUAUAAGUUCAGAACAAAGGCAACAAUUAGAUCGCAGAUAUCAAAGUAUUCGACGAACAAUCUCACAGAGCCGACCUGAAGAACCACCACCACCUCCACCACCACCACCCCUUCCUCCUCAGACAUCUGAAUUGUCAGCCUGUGGUAAGCAUGGUGAUUCAAAUACAUCAAGUGGUAGUAAUAGUAGCAGUUCUGUUACUUCAACAUCAGGUAGCACCUCAUCACAGUCACGGACACCUGAAAGCCGAUCUGUAUACAACAGUCCUGCUGUUAAAUUUCUGACAAGACCUGACUUCUUCCCUAUUCUUCAAGCACAUGAGGGCGUUUUACAAGCAUACAAUAGGAACAGUACUUUGAACCAUAUGAUAACUCGAAUUCGCAGAGACCCACAAACCUUUGAGCGGUAUCAACAUAACAGGGAUUUAGUUUCAUUCUUAAAUAUAUUUACGGAUACUAGAAGAGAACUACCUCAAGGCUGGGAAAUGAAGAUUGACCGAUCAAGGAAAGCUUUUUUUAUUGAUCAUGUAAAUAGAACAACAACUUUCAUAGACCCACGCUUGCCAGUUGAUACUCCCCCAGUAAACCCUUACUUUCUACAUAUGUCCUUCUUGCGCUUGGAUGGCUCUCACACUGGAAGUCCUCACUCCACUUCUUAUCAUGCUGGAGGCCCUCACAGUAGCAGCUCUCAUUCAAGUCCACACUCAGGAGGUACACAUUCACACUCGAGCCCACACUUAGGCGGCCCACACUCAACUUCUCACAGUACACAUUCUCUUUCACAUUCAGCUUCUCAUACAGGCGCACCAACACCACCUCCUCGAAAUGCUGGAAGUGAUGUAAUUCCAACAGCAUACAAUGAUAAAGUUGUUGCAUUCCUUCGUCAACCUAACAUAAGUGAAGUCUUAAAGGAGAAACAGUCUUGUUAUGCAUCCAACAGUUCUCUUCGAGAUAAAAUCAAUAAAAUUCGUUCUGAAGGCACUGAAGCCCUUGAUCGCCUUUCUAAUGAUAUUGAAUUAACAAUAUUAUUAAGCUUAUGUGAGAAUGAAAUCAUGUCCUAUGUUCCUCCUCAUCUACAACAAUCCUCUUUAAGCUCAGGGGUCCAUUCCCCAUCAGGUUCACCACAAGCUUCUCCAGGUGUUCAACGACCAACUAGAGUUCCAGCUCCAUACAAAAGGGAUUUCCAAGCAAAACUCAGGAAUUUUUACAAAAAAUUAGAAACUAAAGGAUAUGGUCAGGGACCAGGGAAAUUAAAAUUAACAGUAAAAAGAGAUAAUGUUUUAGAAGAUGCCUUUAAUAAAAUAAUGUCCACUUCUAAGAAAGAGCUACAGAAAAGUCGACUCUAUAUCUCAUUUGCUGGGGAAGAAGGGUUAGACUAUGGGGGACCAUCAAGAGAGUUUUUUUUCCUGUUGUCACGCCAGCUUUUCAACCCAUAUUACGCUUUGUUUGAAUAUUCUGCCAAUGACACCUACACUGUACAGAUUAGCCCAAGGUCCAGAUUUGUGGAUAACUACCAAGAAUGGUUCAGGUUCGCAGGACGUGUUUUAGGAUUAGCUCUCGUCCAUCAGUACUUACUGGAUGCAUUCUUCACUAGACCAUUCUAUAAAGCUUUGUUAAGAGAAUCCUGGACAAUAGCAGAUGUUGAGGCUCUAGAUACAGAAUUUCACCAAAGUUUGUUGUGGAUUCAGGAUACAGAUAUUACUGAACAUGAUUUAGUGAUGACAUUCUCAGUAAAUGAAGAAGUUUUCGGUCAGGUUACUGAAAGAGAGUUAAAACCAAAUGGAAAAAACAUACCAGUGACAGAGAAAACUAAAAAAGAAUACAUAGAAAAAAUGGUGAACUGGCGCUUAGAACGGGGAGUAACAGAGCAAACGGAAUGUCUAAUUAAGGGUUUCUAUGAGGUGAUUGACCAUCGUUUAGUUUCUGCUUUUGAUGCCCGGGAACUGGAACUUGUAAUUGCUGGAACAGUAGAAAUUGAUAUUAAUGACUGGAGGAAAAACACUGAAUAUCGUUCAGGUUACCAUGACCAACAUCUUGUUAUUCAGUGGUUUUGGGCAGCAAUUGAAAAAUUUGAUAAUGAAAGAAGGUUACGCCUUUUACAGUUUGUAACUGGAACCUCCAGCAUUCCAUAUGAAGGGUUUGCUGCCCUACGUGGAAGUAAUGGACCACGGAAGUUUUGUAUUGAAAAGUGGGGACGUAUUACCAGCCUUCCAAGAGCACACACUUGCUUUAACCGCUUAGACCUGCCUCCAUACACUUGUCAAGAAAUGUUGUUUGAGAAAUUAGUGACUGCAGUGGAGGAAACAAGUACCUAUGGCAUGGAGUAAAGCAACUUAUCUUGAGUCAUUUGAUGAUGACGUUUGAUAAUGAUGAUGACGGUGAGGAGGAAGAGGAGGAGUCUGAUUGCAGUAGCAAUACCUAGUUAUCUGUUUAAGGCAGCAGCAAUACAGCAGCUCUAUGUAUCAACACCAGUUGUCCAUAUGUCUUGCUAUAACAGUGAAACUAUCUGCAAUUGCCUGCUAGCCAUGUCUCUGGCCAAAUGCCACUGCUAUUUUGCAGGAAUUCUCUCACACAACACAUGUACAUCAUACACUCACUCACCUGCACAUAAAAACACACACACACACACACACUAUACAUUAUAUAUAUAUAUAUAUAUAUAUAUAUAUAU